AUGCAGCCCGACGAAUGUUUGGAUUCUCUGGAACAGCUCGGCCUUCGAUGUUGGGAUAGGGAUAUUCUGAAAAUUGUCUUUACUGGCCAUACACACAAUACACAAUACCGUCGGUGCCAUGUGGCCAAUGCUGAACGGGAGAGAGACUUUCAAUACAAGUCUCUCCCCAGACCGCCCCCACGGGAGUCUGCGUCAAGACGACUUGGACAAUGUUGUGACGGGGGUAUUUUGCAUGCCAAAGACAUGGAACGAACGAACGAAUCUUGA